AUGGCAACCUCCCAACAGCUCCCCUCCAAGGAGCAGGCACUCUUCCGCCAUGUCGUCCAGAACUACGAGAGCAAGCAGUACAAGAAGGGUCUCAAAGCAGCCGACCAGAUCCUCCGCAAAAACCCCAAUCAUGGCGACACUCAGGCGAUGAAAGCUUUGAUCCUGUCUUCGCAGAACAAGAGCGAGGAGGCAUUCGAGUUGUGUAAGGUGGCUUUGAAGAAUGCUAUGAAGUCGCAGGUGUGCUGGCACGUUUAUGGUCUGCUGUAUCGAGGCCAGCGGAACUAUGAGGAGGCCUUGAAGGCAUACCGUUUCGCUCUUCGACUCGAUCCGGACUCGGCGCAGAUACAACGGGACUUGGCCAUGUUGCAGGUGCAGAUGCGGGAUUAUGAUGGAUAUGUGCAGUCGAGGCAGACGAUACUACAGGCACGGCCACAGUCACGGCAGAAUUGGACGGCCUUGGCAAUUGGUCUGCAAUUAUCAGGCGAUCUUGCAGGAGCGGAGGAUGUGUUGCAUCGCUUCGAGGAGAGCUUGAGGGAGCCACCGAACCGCAAAGAUCUGGAGCAUGCUGAGGCUGUUUUGUACAAGAAUACUAUCAUUGCGGAGCGUGGCGAGUACGAGCGAGCGCUGGAACAUGUUAAUUCGGUCCUAAAGUCGGCAUUGGACAAAACUGCUGUUAUGGAGAUGCAGGCCGAGUAUCUGCUCAAGCUGGAGCGGAAGGAGGACGCAGUAAAGGCUUACACAAAGUUAUUGAAGCGCAAUCCAGAACGUCGAGACUACUAUGCGGGCUUGGAGAAAGCGUCAGGGCUGGAUAGAAGCAACAGCGGUGACCAUGAGAAGCUUGGACAACUGUACCAUGGUUGGGCAGAGCAGAGCGAAAGGACGGAUGCGCCAAGACGGAUACCGUUGGACUUCAAAGCAGGAGAUGCAUUCAAACAACAUGCGGACAAGUAUCUCCGACGACUGUUCAAGAAGGGCAUUCCAAGUACGUUCGCGAACAUCAAGCAGUUAUACGCAGAUCCCGAGAAGAAGGCGGCCAUUCUUGAAGUGGCCGAGACCUGCUUGUCCGAGGAGACCCAAUUGAACGGAGAUGCAGAGAGUCAUGAGACACAGACCAAUGGCAGCGUCAACGGUGUACAGACGAAGAAGAGCAAGACCGAUCCUGCUACUACUUGGCAGCUGAGCGUAAACUACUUCUUGGCACAGCACUAUGAUUACCAUCUCUCGCGCGAUCUGACGAAGGCACGAGAACGUAUCGAUCGUGCGAUAGAGCUCAACCCAUCGAAGACUGACUAUACUUUCCACAUGACUGGUGCUCGCAUACAUAAACACGCAGGUAAUGUCGCGGAGGCCUCGAAAGCGAUGAAUGAAGCCCGUGAGAUGGAUCUUAAGGACCGCUACAUCAAUACCAAGUGUGCGAAGUACCAGCUCCGAAAUCAUCAGAACAGCGAUGCGAUCAGCACAAUGGGUCUCUUCACUAGGAAAGAAGCUGUUGGUGGACCACUUGGAGAUCUGCUUGACAUGCAAUGCGUAUGGUUUGUUACUGAAGACGGCGAAUCAUAUCUACGACAGAACAAUCUCGCUCUAGCCCUGAAGCGUUUCAAGUCUGUCUACGACAUAUUCAUUGCGUGGGAAGAAGAUCAAUUCGACUUCCAUUCGUUUAGCCUGCGGAAAGGGAUGAUCCGGACCUACGUCGAUAUGAUCCGUUGGGAAGACAGAUUACGCGAGCACCCAUUCUUCACUCGAGCUGCGCUGUCUGCCAUUAGGAUCUACUGUCUUCUCUUCGACCGACCGGCUCUGGCCAAGAAAGGUGCACAACUGAAUGGCGAGAGUGCUGAGAAUGCGGCGGAGCGGAAAAAGGCUGCGAAAAAGGCCAAGAAGGAUGCCGAGAAGGCUGAAGCAGAGAGGAAACUUGCUGCUGCCAAGAAGGCGAACCCUAAAGCCGCGGACGAGGAGGAGACGGCGAAGAAGGAGGACAGGGAUCCGCAGGGUACUGAGGCUUUCAAGACUGCCGGCGAGAAGCCGUUGGAGGAGGCGAUGAAGUAUUUGCUUCCUUUGCUUGAGCUAAGUCCGAACAAUAUUGAUGGGCAGAUUGCUGGGUUCGAGGUGUACAUUCGGAGAAGAAAGUAUCUCCCAGCGCUUAAAUGCCUUUUGGCCACCCGCCGCCUACAGCCCGACCACCCACAAUCCCACUACCAGUCGCUUCGAUUCCGUCGCGCGUUAGAAGAGGACAAGACCACUCUGGACCCUAAAGUCAACGCCGUGAUCCAAGACAACUUCAUCUCACAGAUCGCCGACCCGGAAAAGAGUCUCGAGACGCUGAACGAGGAGUUCUUGUUCGCCCAUUGGCAUAGUCCUAAGCACGUCCAAGCCGGCGUCAGAUUACUGGAACUGCUGCAUCCAGAAUUAAAGCCUGCGAAGGAGAAGGCUACGAAGCAUUUGAUACAAACGCUUGGAGAGAAGGGGACGACGAUUGAGGAUGCGGUGGAAGGGUUGAGGGUGCUGAGGGAGCUGGAGGGGAGUAAGCAGGGACGUGAGGAGUAUCUGAAGAAGGCGAAGGAGAGGUGGCCUGAGGCUACUAUUCUGAGGGAGAUUUGA